GACGCGAGGACACUCUGCUUUAGUCGCGGCGAGUAGAAUCUUGCUCUUUCAAUUGCGAAUAAAGGGGCAUAAACACUUGAAUUUUUUUUCUAUAUUCCCAUCAUUUCUCAUACUUAUUUACGUACGUACUUAUCGCGACUGAGUAUAAUACGGAAUAACGAAGCCGCGCGAUUCUUUCGGAGAGGAAAUAAAUAAAAUCGUCACUCAACACCCUGCAGCCUAAAAGUAAAUCUUCACCGAACAACUGUCAGUUUUCUUCCGAAUUUUUCGCGAUCUCUUUUUGUCUUCUGUACAGAGAUUGACGAAUCCCGCGCGAAUUUCAACUCCCACAGACGCAUCGAGGGUCGUCGAGUUUUCUUUGCGAGGAGAACACGAUACUUUGCAGGAAUAUUGUGCAAAAACAUUCGAGUGAUCGAAUAUCGUCGUGCCCGACGUAUUUUUAAAUACGCCAACCUGCGGCGACGACGAUCUACCUUGAUCUUUGACCUCCCCACCAUCUGAGAUACCACUACUACGAUCGUCAUCGAGAAUUGCGCGUGUGUCAGUUUCGAAUACGUGCGGAACUCUGAGAGAGAUACUUUUUAAAAGUGGCUUCUUCGCUCUCACAUUUAAGUUCGUGAUUUACCGGUUAACCGGAUUUUCCCGAGUGCGAAAAAGUUUCAUCGAACCAAUGACAAUAUCUUCAAAAUAAUCGAGCGAAAUACACACAGAUAAACGCAAUAGACUAAGAAAUUUCGUUGUUAGAACCGAAAAGUUGGCCACACCGCGUGUAGGCAUCGAAGUUUGCCGCGACGAGACUUACUCGAGUCGCUGGAGAACGGAAGUGGGACAGAGCGUGAACCGGAAGUCAGUGCGGGAGAGAAAGAGAGAGAGAGAGAGAGAGUGAGCAAAACCGCCGAACGCUCAAGCCGGUGCUCGCCAAAGUCUGAGAAACUUUGCACGACAACGUGCUGUACGAAUUCAACUGACGUUCGAACUUGGUGUAUAUAUAUCUCUAUGAAAAUCUUGAAAAAUAUAUAUAGAGCAGGAGGAUCUCGUUAUCAUCCUUGCGCCAUGUAUUAAGCUCCGGAAACUCCGAAGAGCCCGCUGUCAUCCGUUUCCCUGGUCCUUCAUUGACGCUGACAGAAUUCAUCCAAUAUAUAUUCAUCUUCCUCGUACAUUUAUAAAUCAUUUGAAAUACCUCUGUGUAUAACGAUAUUUACUGCUUUUCGAACUAUACCGUUUGGACUUUUCAUCAGUGAAAAGAUAAGCCAGCGCUCAUCUAAGCGUUACAAACAUUUUCGAGAAAGAAACGUCGAGGGCUGAAGAAGAAGCGUUUUCCACGAGGGACCAAACACACUAAAGGCAAAUAUGUCUGGAAAGCGAAAGGCCACUGCCAUCAUGCAGCACCACAAGGAGAACAUUUCGACCCCGGAGCCCGCCGACAUUUCAGAGGACGACCACUACUCGAGCGCGCUCAUGAAAGACGCGGAUAAACUGAAGCUGAUGCUGCUAGCGUGGAAUUAUAAUCUUCAGCAGCAGGCACAAGCACAACAAGCACAGGCGCAGGCUGCCACGGCUGCGCUAUCGCCCAAUAAUUCGUCUACAUCGACCACGGCAACCACAAUUGGCACAACUGUCACCAGCCAAUGUGUUACUUCUACGGCAAACAACACCAUUAACAACUCCACACUUACAGAUUCCCGAAACGGAACAUCAGACAUGGCGGACCUUUCGACGAGUGGAGUACAAAGUUUGGCUUCAGUCGCUGGCAGCGAGGACAUGGCAACACUUUGGGCAUCUUAUGCAAUGGGACUGAAAAAGACACCCCCACCGCCAUCAUCGUGCACACCGUCGCGUUCCGAUCGCGACAGAGAAUCGAGUCCCACGGGCGGCGAAGGCACCGGAAGUGCUCAUGACGAAACGAGCAGCAGCGGUAACAAAGAGGACGAGGAUGACGAUGACGAGGAUGCUGACGAGAGACUAGAUCCAAGACACCACGAUCCUGAACGUCUAAAAGCAUUCAACAUGUUCGUGAGACUCUUCGUCGACGAGAACCUAGACCGCAUCGUACCAAUCUCCAAACAACCUAAGGAAAAGAUACAAGCAAUAAUCGACAGCUGUACAAGACAAUUUCCGGAAUUCGCUGAAAGAGCGAGAAAACGGAUCAGGACGUAUCUCAAGAGCUGCAGAAGGAACAAGCGUGGCCGAGAGGGCGCACCUUGGGACGCGGCGAGACCAACACCAGCCCACUUGACCUCGGUACAGGCAGAACAGAUUUUGGCAACUGCCUGCGAGAACGAGAGCGACAAUGCGAAACGCAUGAGGCUCGGACUGGAGCCAGUUUCACAGCCUAUGCCCACACUCCCGGCAGCGACGCAAACAGACGUACGAUCGAGUUUGGACCAUUUCUCCAGUACACCGGUAAAAUCACUUCCGGGAAAGAGAGAAGACACACCACCAACGUCGCUAACGUCGAUGACACCGUUGACGAGUUUGGCUAGUUUGCCGAGCAGCACACUUACCUCGACGCCUCUGUCGCUCGCACCGUCAUCGAAAUUGAUGGCCCACUCACCUUCAGACAAUAAAAAUCUUAUGAGCCAAGCAACGAUAGUCAGCUCAUCUGCGGUAAACGGAGUUGCAAGUGGCGGCGCGCCAACCGCGAUGUACCGACCGAAUUUCAGUCAAGCUUUUCAGCGCGCUGGACCAACGACGGUACCACCGACUUUAUCAGCCGGGCUUUAUCCGACCCAAAGUUUCACCUCAGGACUUCUGAGCAACGGUACACAAAGACCGACAGAUCUCAGCAUGAAAAAUACGAAGCCGUUGUUGAGCCACAAGUUAAACGCGACGGAAAUGACAGCGGUUAGGCAACUUAUAACCGGAUAUCGGGAAUCUGCGGCUUUUCUGCUGAGGUCAGCCGAUGAGCUUGAGCAACUGUUGCUUCAGCAGCCAUAGACCAAUUGUUACGCCCUACCGAUGGAAUCCCCAUCGGGCUCGUUCCUGUCGGAGCAUCAGUAAAUUCGCGUUCUCGACAACACGAAGAUAAAAGUUAACGAAACGAGUAGAAAACUGGAGGCGAGUUUCAAACGAGGAAAAAAAAACGUAUUUGAGCGUGAGAAACGUCGUAAAUAUUCAUCGGAGAAGGACAAAUAUUAUACGAAUCUCAAAAUGAAUAUAAACGUCGCCGAAGAGCCGAGAAAAAUUUACGGAAAAACAUAAACAAUUUGGAGAAAAAAAGAUCGCGUGUAGUCAGCGACGUAAAAUAUUGAAUAAAGAAAAUAAAAUGGUGCGACCUCGCUUUACGCAGCGCGAUUAUAAUUUACUUAUAAGCGAAUUUCGAUUUAAGAGAAAAGAAGCGAGAAAAGAAAAACGAAAAAGAAGAAAAAAAUAUUGUAACAGGGUGUACAUAGAGAGGAAUUACAAAUAUUUACUUAAUUAUCGUUAAGACACACGCAGACGAGAUAAAUGAGCGAAAUGAAUACGUUUUUAAAUGUUUCAACGAGUUGAACGUGUGUUGACGAGAAUUUUUGCAAAAGUACGAAUGCCUCGACGACUGAAAACACACAAAUCUUACAUAGAAGGAAUUCAUUUUAUUUGAGAUAACCUCGAGUUUUUUAUUUUAUAUGAAUAUUCAGACUUUUACAAAAUGUUUUCUGGUUCAUUAUGUUUUUGUUUUUCUUUGAUGUUACAACCUAUUUGCAGCUCCGUGCUCGAUCGGUAAUUCAGUGCACAAGAAUGAAUAUUUAAAAAAAAAUAUAUAUAUAUAUAAUUAAAUUGCUGUUAAAUUUCCGUGUGUAUAUAUCUAUAAUAUAAUAUUGAAAUAUGUCAUAUGCGUAUGUGUAAUAAGCGUAUUCCGUGCGUAAUGUGUUGUAAUAUACCGAUAUGUACAUGACGGACCACUCUGAUAAUGUUUAUAUCGAUCGCUCGUACAGCGUGGAGAUUUUUUCUCUCUCUUUCUCUCUCUCUCGUUCUCUCCUCAUCUCUCCCUUCAAAUUUUCUAUCGCCGAAAGGCGAUAGACUCACUUGCAAAAUACGAAAAUGAAACUGAGAGGUAAAUUGUUAUUAGGAAUUCCCGUUUCCUGAGAACUGCUCAAAGAAAAUUGGAAAAAUCGAAUAUCUUUUCUAUUUUUUCUUCAUCGCUUUUUAACUUAUUCCUGUAAAUAUUUGACCCUUUUAAAUCAUCUGAUUAAAAAUCAAUCUUUUUGGAAAAACAUUUUCCAUGUUCGUUAAAUAAAAUGUCCCGUUUAUUCGUGACCUGCAUCCGUGUUGGGAGCCAACAUUGAUGAAGGUACUUGAUAAAACUCUAACAGUAGAAAAAAUGAACGGUAUUAGUUCUGACGAACUGAGGUGCUGAAAACUUUAUUUCAAUAACGAAUAUUUACCGUUCCGUCACUGUUUCUCGAUCAGUAUCGACCUUAAGAUUCAACGAGGAGAAGAAAUUCCUCAUUGUGAUCUAUACCUCAGUUCCAUUUUCGUAACUUCAACAUAAAAUGACUCUGUAAGGAUGCUUCAGGUGCAAAUACCUAACGAAAAGUUCGAUUCGAUCAGAAUAUAUCCUCGUAUGAGGGCAAUAAUGAAAAAAACGUCAGCCAUGCUGCAGAUGCUAAGGAUAAAUAAAUGUAAAAAUAAAACAACGAAUUCGACUCACGUGUAGUAAAAAUCUAAAGUUUCCGAUGAUUCAGAAGUCUUUCCUAAGCAACUUUAUUUUUUUACAAUCGUCGUUUCAUUAAACGUUACUAUUGACUUUGAAUUUCCUUAGCAUCUUCACCGGGGUCGUGUCUGAACGUUGAGAAUCAAUAAAAUUCUCGCGGGAUCCCACUCCAGUCUCUGUGCGGGACUGCAUGCUAAAAGUAUCUUUUAUUUUCAACUCACGAUAUGUACAUACAGCCACAUCUAUAAAUACGAGAAUAUAUUAUAAAUAAAGUGAAAAAAGUGAAUAAACGACUGCAACAUCGCGGAAAAAAGGGGCGAGAGUUGUUUAAGAAUAAUAAUAAUAAUAAUUGAAAGAAAACGUCAACGAGUCGAUGACGGAAAAUAUUAAUCGAUAAAAGUUUAAAAACAAAACGAAUUAAUUUUUGGGCGAUUGGGACCAUCUGUCACGAUCGGACAAUACGUACGCGAAUUUAUACAUGCUCGUAUGGAUUCGCGUAUAUGACACAUACACAGAUACACCGUGCUACCAAAGAACACAAAAUACUAAAUGAAUAAAAACAAAAAAACGAAGGAGAAAGAUAUGAAAAAGCGUAGUUGGUAGAUUGAAUGGUCGAAUUGAAAAUAUUAUCUUUUUCAAAUAUUUCUUUUUUUAAUUUCAUUAUUUUUUAAAAUAUUAUUGAUGCAAUGUCGAAGUGUUUCACAAUUUUCAUUCGAUGUGACACGGAAACGAGCGAUGACGUGAUGUACAGUGUGGAAAAUUUUUCAUUUUAAUUGAUUUUAUUUCAUUAUUAUUUCGUCGCUCGAUGUCGAACCCGCCAAAAUUUUCGAGGUAUCGUCGAACGAGUAUUGUACACUGAUUCACAUGUUGAUUUUAUUCUUUAGUUCGUUUAUUUUUUUUGUAAAUAGUUCUUUCGUCGGAGGAGUGCAUAUAAUAAUUAUAGGUAUAUAUAUAUAAAUAUAUAAUGUGUAUAUAUGAGAUAUUCCAUGUCAAUUCAAACAUCUGAUCGUUGCUUUUUAUCAAAACUUUGAUAAACUUUCUAAAGUUCGUGAAAUUUGGUUUUCCCUGUAUCAAAUUUUUCCCAUCAACAACGCUGUAUAAUACAAUCCGAUGAGAUGAUAUGAAAAAUUCAGGUUUACAUCUCUUAUUUCUAUGACGAAUCCAACAAAAAGUACAAAAGCAUCGUACAGUCGAUAAUUUGUGAGUGCGUUUUUUGUUAUGCCAAUGACUUUAAUAAUAUUAAAUAAACUAAUCGCGUUGCAAACCCUUGGAAAAUAGAGAAUGGACUUACUCUUAUGUUGGAACAGAUCGAACAACUUUCACAAAAAAUAAUUUUUUCACAAUUCAGCGAAUGAGUUUACUUGGAAUUCGACGUAUAUAUGAAUAAUAAAAUAUAUGUUAUAUAUAUAUAAGUAUAUGUUACAUUCGAUAUGAUUAUUGUUGCUCUUUGCGAGGCACAUGAAGAGAGAGUAUAUUGUAAAGUGUAUAUUUACGAAAAUGAUGGUAAUAAUUAUAUUUCAGACUCUGAAUGCAGUUGGCACACAUUCCACCAUUUGGAAAAUUAUGAGAACGAUUGUUUCCAUGUUUUGUGUUUUUUUAAAAAAAUUUUUUUUUUUUAAAUUAAUUAUCUUUCUUCUGUUAAGACGCAACUUAAAACGCGACUGUACUUCGUUAUUUUGUAAUGAAUUCGAAAAAUCGUCAACUCUUGUUUCUUUUUUUUUACAAUGGGCACGAAAGCUCCGUAUUGUUUACUGACAUACGUAAAAAAACGUAAAAUAAAAAAAAAAAAAAAGAAAAGCUACUAAUAUUAUCGCAUUCGCACAGGGUGCAACGCGAAUAAAAGCAAAAAACCGUGUUAAAAAGAUUAUAAUUAUAUUAUUUUUAACGCGUCCAUCCGAUCUAGCCAUUUAUUUAAGUCAUUUACGAUUACUUUUCUUUCUGUAUGAUAUAAUUAAACAAAAGAUUAAUUCACGAUCAGAAAAAUUUCGUGGAUGGUUAUUUUUUUUUUUUUCUAUUUCCGUACCUCUUUGUUAUAAAAAAUUCGUAUAUAACGAUUUUAAAAGAUAAGAAAAUUCGAAAGGAACACGCACACCCACACACAUAUACACACAGAACACACUGAGACGAACGCGAACAAGAUAAACACGAGAGAGACUCUCCGAUGCUGCGAGCACGUCGAACAUUUUUCAUUCUCAAAUGUUUUUCAUCGUCUCGUACGUCAAAUGCAACGAUCAAUAUAACCGAAAACUCCGCUUACGUUUCCAAUAACCGAACAGCUUCCAGGCUUAAUAGGUAAAUUAAUAAAAAAAGAGAAAAAAAUACCGAGCUAGUCAAUUGUAUCGAUGAAACGAUAAUUUGUGUAAACAAGGAUGAAAAGAUAGGAGAAAAGGCGAAAGAAAAAAGAACAAUCCCAAUUAUUAUCGUCUCAGAUUGAUUGACCGGUCCAUCGAUAUUAUCCAACAACAGCCUCUAUAGUCGAUACUUUUUAAUCCGAAUAAACAUAACGAAUAAUAAAAGUCAUUGCAAUUUUUCGCGCAACACACACAACAGCCACAAAGCUUCAAUUCCUUCCGCUCCCCCCUCCGUUCCCCCGCCCCCCGUUUAACGAUCUCUGCUGAUAGAAACAGCCAAUAGUGAGUACGGAUUAGCGACACGGACGAAUUUACAAGAAAAAUAAAUUUGAAAAUAAAAAUAAAAUUAAAAAAAAAAUAAAAAAAGAAAAAGACAAACGAAAACUCUCAUAAGUCGUAACCGAUGAGGAAGAGAUUUAAUUCUCACGGACUCGAGUUUCGACGUAUAAGUGUUAUUGAAAAAAACAAUAAUAAUAAUAAUAAUAACGAGGCCAUUAGUGGCCAGCCGAUGACAUUGAUGAGCAGCAUCGAAUUUUUUUUCUAAUUAAUCAUCGAGAAUAUCAGCUUAUCGAAACAGCUUUCACCAUCGAUCAACAAUUCUUUUUUUCAACUUAAUUUUGAAGUUAUUCGAAAAUUCAUUUGAUGGUAUUCAGUCACAUUAAUUAGAAAAACAAUUGGACAUUGUUCGUCACUGGCUGCUGGAGAUUUUCUCUGUGAUAUAACCGAUGAAUUGAAGGGGUAUAUCUAGCUCAAAGUCUUUAAAAGAAAAAUAAUGAAAAUGCAAAAAAGACUCUAGGCAUUUUGGAGAGUGGACAAAUGAAUUGUCACGUAUACCCGAAUCGUGGCCUACGAUUCGAUGAUAUCACACGCACACACACACACACACACACACACACACACACACACACACACACACACACACACACACACACACACACACGGGCGCGCGCGCACACACUGUGCCAUAUUGAAAAGAAAUUUAGCCUCGAACAAACUACCUUCAAGUUCCUCGAUUUUUCAUUUUCUUUUCUUUUAUGAAACCGAGGUAGGUAUACCCUUUUGAAAACUGCGACGGAUAUGUAUACAUAUGUAUACAAAUUUAAUAAUAUAUAGAUAUAUAUAUAUAUCGGUCUUACGUACACGAAAAUGUGCCAGUGCACUCGACGUUCGAGAAUGAAAAUCACGUCAACUUUCCAUUACGAAGAGAUUGUAAUAAAUUAAAAGAAACAAAUAAAAGUGACUUUACGGUAUAGGGAAGAAAAAUCUGUGAGACAAGAAAGAAUGAACGAAAAAAAGGAAAAAAAAAAAAAAAACAAUUACGUGCGAGAGAGUCAAAUCGGCGAACUUCUAGGUAUCCUGAACAAAUUUUAGACCUCAUGAAAGUGUCCGUUCCUUAAUCCAUACGGGUUACAGUUCUACAGUUCAUAUAAUCGCGAAUUGAUGUAUAUUAAUAAACGAAGGAAAAAAAAGGUAAAUCAAUUAUAAUAAUACUAAUAAUAUUGAUGAAUAUGUAUUUGUUCCUGAGAAAAAAAAAUGUUCGUAGUGGGAAAAAAAUGAAAAGAAACGAAAAAAAUAAAUAAUAAUAAUAACAGGAAGAAAAAAUGUUUAUUGAGACAUUGAUAAUAACGAUCAAUCGAUGGUAAAUACUUUCUUAUAAGUAAACACUACACAUUAUUUACGACGAUUAUCGUAGAGUUGGUACAGUCUAUGAGGAUGCCUUGCCUGUAAAUGUAACACGCGUUGAAUGAAACAAACAAACAAACAAAUCUUAUUACCUUGUAAAUGUUUUACCAAAUAUAAUCGAUUAUUCAACUUAAUAAAAAAAAAUGAGUCUCAUUUGAA